AUGGUCAUUGACGUGUCGUACUUGGGUCUUGGAGCCAACUUUCUGUCAGGAAGGGUGCCACCAACGUUGCUCAACCUUUCUUCUGUGAUUUACCUUGGACUGGAGCUGAAUCAUUUUGACAAGGCAGUGUUACCUUCUGAUUUUGGCAGCCAUCUCCCCAAACUGCAGCACCUUGGGUUAGACUCUAACAAUUUUGAGGGGCCUAUCCCAGCUUCUCUAGCUAAUGCUUCAAGCCUCGUCGAUAUUGGGCUCUCCAGCAACUUUUUCAGUGGUAGAGUGCCAAGCUCUCUUGGCAGUUUACAUGAUCUCACCUUCCUGAAUCUUGAAUCCAACAGCCUUGAAGCAUCUGACAUGGAGAGCUGGGAGUUCAUGGACUCAUGGGCCAACUACAGCAAACUUCAAACAAUUGCACUUUCUAUGAAUAACUUAGGAGGGGGUGUGCCAAGCUCUAUUGCUAACCUCUCCUCUCAACUCCAAAUAUUGUACCUUGGCACAAACAAGUUAUCUGGCCAGUUCCCCUCCGGCAUUGCAAACCUCCAGAACUUAAUUGCUUUAUCACUUGAAUAUAAUCAGUAUGUGGGCGCGAUUCCCGAGUGGGUUGGAAAGCUAGGGAAUUUGCAGGUAUUGUACCUUGAAGCAAACAGCUUCACCGGACCAAUCCCGCUUUCCAUCAGUUAUCUUUCUUAG